AUGACUUUAGAUACGGUUGAAAUUAAACAAGCUUGGUGGAAAGAAGCUUCCGUCUAUCAAAUAUAUCCUGCUUCAUUCCAGGAUUCAAAUGGAGACGGAGUUGGUGAUAUUAAGGGUAUCAUUUCACGUUUAGACUAUAUCAAGUCUUUGGGUGUUGAUAUAGUUUGGCUUAAUCCAUUUUUCGACUCUCCACAAGUCGAUAUGGGGUAUGAUGUCGCUGAUUACAAGAAAAUUUAUUCUCCUUAUGGAACAAUGGAGGAUGUUGAACAGUUAAUUUCUGGAUUGCACAGUCGUGGUAUGAAAAUGCUAGUUGACCUUGUAGUAAAUCAUACUUCAGAUAAACAUGAAUGGUUCCAGAAUUCGCGUUCUAGUAUUGAUAAUCCAUUCCGUGAGUGGUACAUUUGGCGCAAACCAAAGAUUGACAGUAAUGGGAAGAAACAUCCACCAAAUAACUGGCUCUCUUAUUUUGGUGGAAGUGCAUGGGAGUAUGAUGAAGAAAGUGGAGAAUAUUACCUUCAUCUUUUUGCAAAAGAACAGCCAGAUUUGAAUUGGGAAAAUGAAAGCGUCCGCAAAGCAGUACACGAUAUUAUUAGGUUUUGGUUAGAUAAAGGAGCCGAUGGCUUUAGGAUGGAUGUUAUUAACUUCAUUUCUAAAGAUCAAAGAUUUCCAGAUGCUGAAAUAGUUCAUCAUGAUCGGGAUUAUCAGUGGGGACAUAAAUACUAUGCGUGCGGACCAAGGUUGCACGAAUAUUUAAAGGAUAUUGGUGCUAUAUUGAAAGAAUAUAAUGCCUUUAGUGUUGGUGAAAUGCCAGCAUGUGGGGAUACUAACGAAAUUAUAAAAGCUGUUGGCGAUGAACGUGGUGAAUUAAAUAUGAUUUUUCAUUUCGAAUUAGUCGAUAUUGAUCACGGUGAGGAUGGAAAAUUUUACUCAACCAGGAAGUGGCCUCUCUCUGAUUUACAUCACAUCACUGAUAAAUGGCAACGUUUUAUGCAAACUAAUAAUGGAUGGAAUGCCAUUUACUUGGAGAAUCAUGAUCAACCACGUUCAGUAUCUCGCUACGCUUCUGAUGCUCCUCAAUUUAGGACCGUUGCUGCGAAAAUGAUCGCUACGUUCCUCUCAUUCCAGCAAGGUACUUUGUUUAUUUAUCAGGGCCAAGAGUUAGGACUCAGAAAUGUUCCAAAGUCCUGGGAUAUUUCUCGUUAUAAAGAUAUUGAAAGCAUAAAUCAUUAUAAUCUGGUUAUCAACAAGAAAAGUAGUCCUCAAGAAAUUGCCUAUGUGAUGGAUAAUAUUCAGAAUAUUUCUAGAGAUAACGCCAGAGUACCAUUCCAAUGGGAUAACUCCCCAAAUGCGGGGUUUACUUCUGGCACUCCCUGGAUUGAAGUGAACGAUGACUAUAAGACUGUCAAUGCUUCCAGUGAAGAAAAAGAUGAUGGUUCUGUACUUAAUUACUGGCGAAAUAUCCUUGAAUUAAGAAAAACGCUUAAAGAAGUAUUUGUGUAUGGUGUGUUUGAAAUGAUUUCUAAAGCCUCCGAGGAAAAUAUUCUUGCAUUCAAGAGAGUGACUGCUGGCAAAGAGGCAUUAGUUAUUUGCAAUUUCUCAUCAAAAGAAAUUGAAUGGACCAUCCCCACUGAGUUUGUAGGUUCCAAAGUUUUAUUAUCUAAUUAUAGUGGCUCUAAAUUUUUAAAUGAUAAGCUGUUUACCUUGGGGCCAUUCCAGUCUAUUGUUAGUCUUUCUGAUGAACAAUAG